UUUUAGAAUAGAUUAUAUCAGAUUAAGGAUCUUUAUGUAAGGGAUUGUUAUCUCAUACGUAGACUACAGUAGACCUAAGUAAUGAAUCAUAAACUAUGCAGCUUCAGUGAAGAUUGAAUCCAGUGUUAGUAAUGAUGAUUUUGUUCAGGCAGUCAUAAAAAUACAUCACCACUCCAUACAGUUUAUUUUAGUGAUUAGGAGUUUAACUGUGACACUUCUCAAACUGGUAGAAUGAUCCUGACAUCAGAUAAUAUCCACAGUCUGCCUUCUUGCUUUACUGAACUAAGUCUGUCAUCAGGUAACUUGCAGCUGAGCGAGGGAGGGGAAGUGCUGAAACUGUACAGUGAAGUGGAGGCCAAGUGUCUGGACUCCCUGAUGAGAGACCCGCUGAGACCUUUUGUCCCGCAGUACCACGGUUUAAUCACCAGGGGGGAACACUCCUACAUCCGCCUGGAAGACCUGCUGAGUGGCCUCAGGAGACCUGUUAUCAUGGACUGCAAGAUGGGAGUCAGAACCUACCAAGAGGAGGAACUGACAAAAGCACGGACCAAAGCCACCCUGCGGAGUGACAUGUACCAGAAGAUGAUUAAAGUAGACCCAUCAGCUCCGUCAGCAGAGGAACACGCACAGAAAGGAGUGACCAAGUGGCGUUACCUUCAGUGGAGGGAUACGACCAGUUCAACGUCCACGCUGGGCUUCCGGAUUGAGGGCAUCAUGAUGGAGGACGGCAGUGUCCAACGAGACUUCAGGAAAAUUCUGUCCUUAGCUCAGCUCACGGAGGCCCUGCUCUACUUCACCAAGAGUCAGCUGGACAUCCUGAAAGCGUACCACUCCAGACUCCUGGCCUUGAAUCACGCACUGAAGAAUUCACCAUUUUUCAGAACCCAUGAGGUGAUUGGCAGCUCGCUUCUCUUUGUCCACGACCACAGCAGCAAGGCCAAUGUGUGGAUGAUAGACUUUGGAAAGACAAACCCUAUGCCUGACACAAGCGAGCUCCGACACAAUGUCCCAUGGGCCGAGGGGAACAGAGAGGACGGCUACCUCAUCGGUCUGACCUCCCUCAUCACCUCUCUGGGCCAGGCCAUCAGUGUGGCCUCCUGGCAGCAGGAGAACAGCUCUGAAGAAGAAACGAGUGUUAAUUGA